UCCUUUGGCACAUUCGUUCAAUCCAUAGCCUGGUGCACGUCUGGCGUGCAUAAGUGUUGUUCGUUUGCUGUGUGUGGAUGUGUCGGCCCGAAAUUCAUCAAAUAGUUCCGGAAAAAAUCAAUAUCAGUGGUCCGUAAUCGCACCCGAAACUUUCUGGCAAUGUCCUGUUGCAUCCGCGGUUGUGCGUCCCGCUACGGUAAGGCCAAGGUAUCCUUCCAUCGCAUUCCGCAAAACAAUGAAGAACGUCGCCAACGAUGGAUUGAAAUCGUCGGUCGUGGCGAAGAGAUUAAUUACAACACGGCUAUGGUUUGCAACCGGCACUUUGUCGGUGGCUGGCCGGCCAAACCACAGGAUAAGAAUGCGGUCAACUGGAUUCCGACAUUGUUCCUGAAUGCAACGGAGAGCCCGGGUGGUUCCGGGACAGAAACCAGCGCUGUUACUAAUGCUCCCGUACAGGAAGUUGACGAUGAUUCGGCGGAUAUUCGUUGUGUGGUUCGAGGCUGCGGUAUGACGAAGGAAGAAAACCCAUCACUGAUGUUUUUCCCGAUUCCGAAUGAGUCUGAAGAGCACAGCAAUUGGCUACGUAGAAUUGGAAUGACUGACAAACCGUCAUUGCAAAAUGAUAGCUCGGUGUUGGCCGUAUGUGAAUUACACUUCGAGCUUUCCAAGGACAUUCUGAAUUAUGAUGAUGUCAUUUCGAUGGGACGUACAGCAGUAUUGAAGGAGAAAGUGAUGCCUACACGUAACAUUCCACAGGUAUUUGGCAUUCAAUCGGGACGUUCCUCUGUAGGAGCCCUGGAAAGUACAGAGGAGACACCGGACGGAAACGAUCCUGUUGAAGACGAUGGCUCACUUUUACUGGAAAUGCUACCCCGUGGAGAAUCUAACAAUGCUUUGCUUCAGACGGACAUGUCGCAGUAUGCCGAUCACCUGCAGACCAGUCCUGCGGAAGAAUUUCUUCAGAUUUGUCGUUCCUGUAUGAGCACCGAUAAAUCUGCUCUGGUUUCUGCCUUCGAUGAUAACCUUGCCGACAUAUUCUAUCAGUUCACUUCUAUCACGAUUCACGAGGGAGUCGGAAUUUCCACCUUGAUCUGCACCGACUGCAAAGCCCGUCUGCUGGAGAUGAACUUUUUUCGCGACACAUGUGUAACCAGCACUCAAAUGUUGCUCCAUCGCUACCAGAAAUACUACGGAAUGAUGGGUGAACACCAAGGCCCCCAGUCCACGGAUGAUGACCUGCUGGAGCCAAUGCACCAGGAAGACGCUCCGGCCGAUUCAACGAACGGUUUCGGCAGCGAGCUUAUGCCGGACGACCCGGAGGAUUUACUUGAACCGCAGAAAGAAGUACAGCGCCAUCCGGCCGUGUCGGUCGGUAAGCGCGGUAGAGGACGCAUGAAGGCACUGCAGUCCGCUUCGGAGUCGUCGCGGUCGAUGAUCAAGAAGCGAUUUAAAUGUAAAAUUUGUCGGAAAGAUUAUAAUUCGAAAACUGGAAUGGAUAUGCAUAUGGCAACCCACGAAGGUGACGAUCCAAGCGAGUUUACGGUCGAGUGUCAUCGAUGCCACCGGCUUAGGCGCCCUGCGGAUAAACAUAACUGCUUUGUUGACACAUUGUACUGCCACGUUUGCGGGGACAAGUUCCGCAACUGGUCCUACUUGAAGCUCCACUUGGCAAAGAUGCACCGGAUCAAAACCAAACGGCGGGAAUUGAUGCAAAAGUUGGCAUUGGAUCGUCAGUCGAUGGGCAGCACUUCCAAGAUACUGAAAAGUCCACCGAAAAUCGCUGCACCGCAGGAAUUGGUGCAACCGGCGGAGGUGGAUGCCUCCAGUGGCAGCGAGGGUAAAAACACACCAAUUCCUCGGCCAAUGGUCAAGUGUACGUUUUGUACGGCUCAGUUCAAGUAUCCUGCUAGUCUCGAUGCACACCUGCGGACGCAUUCGGCAAUCCAUCAGACGCAGUGCCACGAAUGCGGGGAAAAUUUUGCCACUUAUCGCAAGCUGGAAAAACACUUCGAUAAACACCCGAACGAGGUACCGGGCGCCAUGUACAAGUGCGCCAUUUGUGCCAACAUUUACAACCGUCGGCAAACGCUGCUGAUGCACCGUCAGUACGUCCAUUCGGAUCGGAACAUAGUGCAGUGCGGUGGCUGUUCGCAGUUGUUUGCCCAAGCAAGGAUGCUGGCGGAACAUCAGUGCCCUAGUAUCAAGCAUACGACACCCCCGGCCGGAGUCAACGGAGAUUUCGUGAUCGUGCAACCGGAAUCAAUCCUGAAAGGAGCAGCUACUACUACUACUAGUACUAAUACUACUACCGUUACGAUAGAGGAUGACAGUCCGGUGUCGGUGGCGGUGCAAGAAGACAAUGCCGAUCCGUUGCUCGGGCUGGGUAAUGAGGAAGUUAUUGAGCUGGAAUCGGACGAUGAACCAACCCCGGAACCGGAAUCGUACGAUUGCAGUGUUUGCGGAAAAACGUUCGAGAAAAUGGACGUGUUGGACCGGCACAUGAAGCUUCAUCGCAUGAUGAAUGCUGCCAAAGCCAAUGCCAUUGGCUUUUGGAAGUAGAUUCGAACAUUUUGGACUCUCGUCGUCUGUCGUACGUGUGUUUAGCAUCUUUUAAACACUGCUGUUAAAUUCCAAACAUUUGCGGUAAUAUCAAUUUUAAGUUUUGCUGAAGUAUAACUUUAUUUAAUCUUUAUCAUGUAAA